GUAAAAUGUUCUGUUAGAGGAGAUCUUAGACCUGCAUGUAAUUCUGCUGGAAUGAUUGAUCGCUAUAUUCUUGAAAUAGAUCACUCUAUGCAAAACCUGUAUAUAGAAAUAUGAAGGAAUGCAAUGGAUCCAACAGUGACAGUUUCUGAGAGUAUGCCCUCUUGGUGUCAUGCUGCUUUUGAUCAUGAAGGCAUUGUAAGCCUACAAUUAGGGUUUGUUGAUCGGUUUAGAAUUCUCCUUCAAAGAUGAUCAGUUUGAGGAGCUUCGACGGAGAGACCUUUGAGGUCGAUGAGGCGGUGGCGCUAGAAUCGGAGACAAUUAAACAUUUGAUAGAGGAUGACUGCGCUAACACCAUCAUCCCUCUACACAACGUUACUGGCAAGAUCUUAGCCAAGGUCAUCGAAUAUUGCAAGCGCCAUGUGGAGGUUCCUAAAGCUGAAGAUAAGACCGCUAAAGAGGAUCUUAAAACUUUUGAUGUUGAAUUCGUCAAAGUUGAUCAGAGCAUCCUUUUCAAUCUCAUGCUGGCUGCCAACUACUUAAACAUAAAGAGCCUGCUUGACCUGACAUGUCAGACAGUUGCUGACAUGAUCAAAGGGAAGACCCCUGAAGAGAUUCGUAAAACUUUCAACAUCGAGAACGACUUCACUCCUGAGGAAGAGGAAGAAGUCAGGAGGGAGAAUGCUUGGGCAGUCUAGUGAAUUUGAGUCUGCUAAGCGUCCAUAUGUGAUGAUAUAUCUGCAAUAUACUUUAGUAGAUGCUAUGAAUAACUUAUAUUAGUAAGUGUGUGACUGUUGUUUCUGGGACCUUCAUGCUUUUCAGUUGAACCUCUUUUGCUCUGUUAUGCCAUGGUUUGUUGUGUUCUAAGUAAAAAUUGAAGAUAAAAUCAUGUUGGUAGCUGAUGUCCAUUUUCAUUGAUCUAUUAUUGGAA